AUGGCCCCGACUCUCAUACAGUGGAUCCUGGAUACACGGCAUUUAUGGCCGGAGGCCACUGAAACGAAGCAGCUCGAGCAAGUGGCAUCCCGAGCCCUCGAUCUCCUUAAACCCGAAGAACGUAAGGCAGUGCUAAAGUACUACCAUGUCCGCGACGCGAAGCUGUCCCUGGGCUCGCAUCUCUUGAAACGUUACGCCAUCAGCCGAUUCUGCGGCGUCCCCUGGCCCGAGGCAACUGCCGUUCGCGACGAGCGCACCAAGCCCAUCUUCCGCGCCGCCGACGGCACCACCCCGCUGAGCUUCAAUGUAAGCCACCAGGCAGGUCUCGUUGCGCUCUUUGCGGUCCACGGCUAUGACCCCGCCAAUGGCCCAGUCGACGUCGGCGUGGAUGUGGUAUGCACGUCGGAGCGCCGCACGAGGGACCACAGCAUGCUGAGAAGCGAGGGGUGGCCCAAGUUCGUCGAAGUCCACGCCGAUGUGCUCUCGCCUCUCGAAGCGAGCUUCCUUAAGUGGCAGGUGCUCGCCGCCAUCCCGCCGGGGUUGAAGCCCGGGGCCUCGGUUGAGGAUGCGGCAGACUUUAAGCUGCGGUGCUUCUAUGCACUGUGGUGCUUGAGGGAGGCGUAUGUCAAGAUGACAGGUGACGCGCUUCUCGCGCCGUGGCUGGGAGACUUGCAGUUCAAGAAGUUCAGGCCGCCGGCUCCCGCAGAGAGUUUCGAGGCCGAUGGUGAGGCGGUCACGGAUCAUGAAAUUGUGUUCAAGGGUGCCAAGGUCGAGGACGCAAACGUGUCCCUUAAGGCGUUGGGCCCAGACUACAUGACCUGCUCAGCCGUCCGGACGCCUCAGCGGAAGGAGGACGGAUUGGCCUUCGAAUUGGGUCCCUACAAGAUGUUGGACAUAGACGAAGUGCUUGCUUUUGGGGAGAAUCAUCAAAGUUAG